GCGGCCCCGCGCUACUUCCCAUCCGCGACGAGGAGGGCGACGACGAUGAAUUUGACGGUGGCGGCGUGGGGCCUGCAUCCCACGAGGCGCCAGACGGCGCGCAGGCCGCUGGCAAGGAUGGCGAAGAGACGCAUUGGGCAAGGGAGAGCGCAAAGCGGCGGACAAAAACUUUGGAGUGGCUUGCAUGGAAGCCUUUGCCCAGGAUUCUCGCCAUGAGGCAGCUUCUUGGACCGCGGGCGCAUUUGCUCGCCAAGCAGCUGCAGGUAGGAUCGCACGAGUGGGAAUUUAAAGAGAGGGCGAAGCUAGCGGCUGCGAUCAACCAGGGUCGCAACACUGAUGGCGUCAGGGCAUAUCGGGUGGUGGUUGCAGCUUGCGGGGACCUAGAAUCAGCAGUCGUGAGAGAUAUGACAGAACUUGCAACGCAGCGGGAGAAUUGGAUUCACUACCCAGCCCAUUGUGUGAAUAUGGCUUUCAAUUCGGAGAUUUUCAGGUCCACGAGUGCAGCGCUGUGCAUAAUCGAGCAGAACAUGUCCAGUCUUCACAAUGAAUUUCCGAUCAAGUUGUUCAAGCUUCUCAGAGACCCAACGCUAGCCGAUGCCAUGUCGAAGGAGCCCCCGUGCGUGAUGGAUUCCUGGACCGCCGACAUGCUGACGCGACAUCCUGGUUUCGUCGGUCCCGAGUUCAAGGCGAAGCUGAUUUUGACAGCGCUCGUCCACUUCACCGACAUCUCUUGCAUUGAAUCGCUACAUUCUUCUAUUCGCAGGUUGCUGGUGCAGCGGUCGGUGCAAACGCACGCCCUAGACAUCUCAGGUUGCGAUGUGGAGUUCAUGUUGCAGCAGUUUCGUCGGUUUUCAAAGCACAUCGGCUUCGAUCAGCAGGUCGUGAAGGGCAUGAAGAAACGGGUGGGCCGCGAGCCGACGCGCAAGAGCGUCAAGAAGCAGCUCUUGCAG